AUGUAUAGAAUUUAUUCCUCUUUGUCACCUUUCAUUCCCAACCCUUCCAUGUCUGACAUCCCCCCACAGCAAGUGGCCCAGAACAAGCCUUGCCGCUCCUGCUUGACCGCUUUAGAAGCUGCAGUGUCAAUGGCUAGACUGGUUCUACGUGUUGAGAGAGAUAUGAUACCCAACCCCCUUACUCAAGAAGGACUCAACACAAUUGCAGAGGUCACACAGGCCCUUGCUACCUUACCAGACGAUUCUCUUUCUGAUUAUCAGGUUAUUGGAGCUAAUGAAUCCAUUGAGAACACAGCUGUUGGCACUUCCACAGCAGGAGAAAGUGCAAUCCCUUUGGUUGCUGAUCCUGCCACUGAGGACCACCACUCUGGCACCCCAGGCAGAACAGUGCAGCAAUUUUCAGAGAUGCAUCAUGCCCUAGCAGCAUACCAGGCUGCUGUCCUAGCCGGAACUGUUGCAUAUAAUGAUCUAUCUACUCUCAUUCCCAUCCUCAAAGCCCUCACUUUCACCCUCAUCCUGGUUGUCCUUGCCCUCCUCCCCCUCAUCCUGGCUGUCCUCUCCCUGGCCGUCAUCUUCCUCCUUUCUGCAUAA